AUGUGCACUCUGGCAUUAGCUCAAAACAUCGGUAACCCUUACAAGAUAUUAGGUGUUCACCGCAGAGCAACGCUUCCUGAAAUCCGAAAAGCUUAUAGGCAGCUGGCUAAAGAAUGGCAUCCAGAUAAAAAUGAGGAUCCUAAUGCCGAGUCACGUUUUGUGGAGAUAAAGCAGGCAUAUGAACUGCUCUCUGAUACUGAGAGAAGGCAGGCUUAUGACCUUUAUGGCAUCACCAAUGAGGAUGAGCACAUGUAUAAACCAAGACACGAUUACAGUCAAUACGCAAGGUUUAGCAAUGACCCAUUCGAAGAAUUCUUUGGCGCCCACUUCAGAACGCAAGACCAAGAUAUCACCCUUUUCCACAAGCUGUCCGUAACUGCGCGACACUUCGAGAACCACAUAAUGGAGAAGAGCGUCCACACGCCCGCCCUGGUGCUGUUCUACACGGACUGGUGCUUCGACUGCGUACGGUCCGCUGCCGCGUGGCGGAGGCUGGUGGAGGCCCUGCAGCCGUUGGGGAUCACCCUGGCGACGGUCCACGCGGGCCACGAGGCUGCCUUAGCGAGGAGGGUGGGCGUCCACGGGGUGCCCUGCCUUACCCUGGUCAUCGACAAGCAGGUCUACAUAUACAAGGAGGGCCUGAACUCGAUGCCGAAGAUUCUGGAAUUCAUCCGCUGGAAGUUCCACUACAAGCUGGUGGCGAACCUGAACGACAACAACGUGGACUCGUUCGUGAGCGACUUCGAGGACAAUCGCGUGAAGGCGCUGAUCUUCGAGGAGCGCCCCGUCAUCAGGCUGCGGUACCUCGUCACCGCGUUCCACUACCGCGAGAGGGUAUCCUUCGCCUUCGUGGACAUGACGUCACGGGACGCGCGCAACGUGACGUCACGCUUCAAGGCGCAGCGCAACGCCGACAGCAUGGUGCUGCUUAAAGAGGACAGCGAGCGUCCCGCCGCCACCGUCAGCACCUCAGAGAUACCGACGCAGACGCUCAGGCAGCUCAUCGACGCCAACCGUCUGCUGACGCUACCCAGGCUAUCCUCGCAGAGCGUCCUGGAGGCCGCCUGCCCAGUGGAGUGGCGGGCGGCGAGGCGUCGCCUCUGCUGCGUAGCGUUCGGCGCUCGCGACGCGGCGCUACGAGAGCUACGCGAGCUGGCGCGUAACGCCCCCGACCGGCUGCGCUACGCGUACGUCUACGCGCACGCGCAGCCGGACUUCGUGCGCGCGCUUGCCAACGGCUCCGGCACCGACGUGUCGGAGAUGGACCACCGCAUCGCGGUGAUAUGGCGGCGGGAGCCGACGCGCGUCCAGUACGAGUGGCUGAACGAGACCUGGCCCACGUGCGCCAGGUGCGACCUGGAGUACGACGAGGAGACGGCCCGGUACCAGCAGCGGCUGAACGAGACCAAGCGCGCCCUGGAGCGCCUCAUCAAGCGGCUGCUCAAGCCCACCGAGGUGAUGGCGUACGAGGCGCACGUGCAGGAGCUCCUCGACGAGGCUGCGCGCGGCGCCGCUUGGCGGGCGGUGGUGAAGAUUUGCGAGUGGGCGGAGAGGGCGGCGCUCGCCCUGCGGACCCAGCACGCCCUCUCCGCCAUAUCCGUUCUGGGCACAGUCGCCCUGGUCCUGGCGGUCGGAUACCUAAUGGCCUACCUCAUUCGCAUCGAAGAGGAGUCCGUGCAGAAGCAGAAAGCGGAGAGGCGGCGCCAGAACGGCAGCGCGAACAGGAACAACAAUGAGCCCCAGCAAGAGUUGAGACUGCACGAGCUCAGGGCGGAGAAGUACAACGGGCUCGUCAGACUAAUGAAACCUGGAUGCCGGACUAUUGUUGUGCUGGUGGACAUGCAGAGCAAGGUACAGCUGCUUUCGAAGUUCCACAAGAUUGUGUGGCCCUAUCGCAAGAACAAGACGCUGGUGUUCGCCUACCUGUGCGUGGAGCGGAACGUCGAGUGGUUCAGGCGGGUGCUGCAGCUGUCGCUGGGCGGGGGCGAGCUGAGGGUGAACGCGCGCAACUGCGUCGGCACCGUGCUGGCACUGAACCCGCAUCGAAAGUACUUCUGCAUCUACCACGCGAAGCAUCCGGAGUGCACUAAGCCUCACAAGCGAAUGAGCCGCAUGACGCGUUCGCUGGGCGGCUGGGCGGGCGACCCUGAGGCCGGCGCCUUCAUCGGCUUCCAGACGGAGCCCGACUCCUCCUCGGACGAGGCGCCGGACCCGCCGGUGCUACUUCAAGAGAACCUCCUGGAUGGGCUUCCGAAUUGGCUUGACCGACUCUUUGAGGGCAGCACUCACCGAUACUACAUCAACUACUGGCCCGACAUGACCUCGAAG